GCCCUAAUUCUGCAAUCCUUCUCUUUUCUUGAGACAUGACUGGGGACAAGUCACGUGAGGUGCAUCGUCAAGGAGAAUUCGUCAUCGCAGCCAGCCAGCCAUGAUGCUCUUGACUUGAACCGGAAUCUCGAGUGUGAUAUCGAUAUCGAUAUCGAUUUCGAUUUCGGUUUUCCGUACCAUUUUCCGGUUCUAAAUAUUUAUUCCCGGUUCGGCAUUGUUGCUCCUCUCCAUAAUCUGCGCAACGCGACGAAGCGAACCACCACCCCGUUUCCGUCGUCGAAAUUGAUCGGAAAUUCGGCGAUGCCUCUCUUUCCGUUUGGAUUUUGUUCGUGUUAAGAUCCGAGAGCGAAAUUUGCUUCAGUCCGAAGAAGGCCUUGGUGGAGACAUCUUCUAUUUUUUGUGAUUCUGGAAUUCUCCGACUCAGUGGGACAAAUGUGAAGAAAGGUAUUAAACAGAGGACUCUUGUGGAUUGGUUUCUGCCUGAUGGAAAAACUCUACUUUGACUGAAAAGCAUUUGAGUCCCACAGCGGGAAUCACAUAUUGCUACACAAUGGAGUCUUUAUAUUGCUUGCACCAAAUUGGUAUAUAUUGUGCUUAUUCAUGAUGGAUAUUGAUAGCCAAACAGACAUGGAAUUGAGUGGAGAUCCUCAGAUGCUCCCUCCAACACCUGGAACUUUUGUAGAUCGCGAAGAGCUUAUCCAACAUGUUGGUGAAUUUGCUGUAUCACAGGGAUAUGUUGUCACUAUUAAGCAGUCAAAGAAGGACAAAGUGGUUGUUCUUGGCUGUGAUAGAGGAGGUGUUUAUCGGGAUAGGCGUAAAUCUAAAGAUCAGUCCUAUGGUGAACCCAGCCGGAAAAGAAAAAUUGGUUCUCGCCUUACCAAUUGUCCAUUUGAAUGCGUUGGAAAGAAGGAUGAUGGUUUGUGGGUGCUUAUUUUAAAAAACGGAACACAUAAUCAUGAGCCCAUUAAGGAUAUAUCAGAGCAUCCUGCUGCUCGGCGUUUCUCUGAGAAAGAAGUUCUGCUUAUAAAAGAAAUGACAGAAGCUGGAUUAAAACCUAGGCAGAUUUUGAAAAGACUCAAACAGAACAACCCUGAGCUUUUGUCAACUCCAAAACAUGUUUAUAACAUCAAAGCAAAACUUCGGCAGGGGAACACAACAGUGAGGAUGUUCAAAUCAUUGAAGCCCGAGAAAUGUGCUGCAAGGAAAAGUCACCUAUCAAAUACUGAGCCAUCUUGGAGGCAGUGCUAUCCCCAGAGGAUUUCCAAUCUUAUUGGAGGUAGAUUUGUAGAUUCGGAGUCUUUUGCAUCUAUUGAUGUCAUUAACCCUGCAACACAACAAGUUAUUUCUCAAGUUUCUUUGACUACGAAUGAAGAGUUUCGAGCUGCUGUGUUUGCAGCUAAACGGGCUUUUCCCUCUUGGAAAAACACUCCUCUUAACAUCCGUCAGCGCAUCAUGUUUAGGUUGCAAGAGCUUAUUGAGAGGGACCUUGAUAAGCUUGCAAUGACCAUCUCCACAGAGCAUGGGAAGCCGUUAAAAUAUGCAUGUGACGAUGUGGUACGUGGACUAGAGGCGCUGGAAUACACUUGUGGUCUGGGGUCUCUGCAGGUUGGAGAGUUUGUAUCCAAUUCAUCUGAUGGGGUUGAUUCUUAUAGCACAACAGAGCCACUUGGUGUUUGUGCUGGGAUAUGCUCCUUUGACUUCCCAGCUAUGAUUCCAUUAUGGAUGUUUUCUAUUUCCGUCAUGUGUGGUAAUACUUACAUCCUAAAGCCUUCAGAGAAAGACCCAGGAGCUGCCAUGUUGCUUGCAGAGUUGGCAGUGGAGGCUGGGCUGCCCAGCGGUGUCUUAAACAUUGUGCAUGGUACCAAUGAUAUCAUUAAUUCAAUAUGUGAUGAUAAUGAUGUCAAAGCAGUCUCAUUUGUUGGUCCAAAGACGGCCGCUGUCUAUGUGCACACAAGAGCAUCAGCUACAGGGAAGAGGGUUUUGUUGUUUUCCAAGUGUAAUGUAGGAGGCAAACAUCAUGCUGUUAUCAUGCAUGAUGCAAGCAUGGAUACUACUGUGGGCACUCUAGUUGCAGCUGGUUUUGGCUGCGCAGGACAAAAAUGCGUGGCAAUAUGCACGGUUAUUUUUGUUGGAAACUCAACUCUAUGGGUGGAUAAACUAGUGGAGCAUGCUAAAGCACUUAGAGUGACAGCUGGUACUGAGCCGUGUGCUGAUGUUGGACCUCUGAUUAGCAAGCAGGCACAGGAGCGAAUGUGUAGAUUGAUCCAAACGGCUGUUGAAGCUGGUGCGAGAUUAGUGCUUGAUGGCCGUAACACCAUGGUCCAUGGAUAUGAGCAAGGGAACUUUAUUGGCCCUACAAUAUUAACCGGUGUAACAACUGAAAUGGAGUGUUACAAGGAAGAAUUGCACGGUCCAGUGCUUCUCUGCAUGCAGGUUGACAGCUUAGAGAAGGCCAUAGAAAUCAUAAACCAGAAUAAACAUGGUCAGGCUGCUUCAAUAUUUACGACAUCCGCCAUGGCUGCAAGAAAGUUUCAAACAGAUAUCGAGGUUGGGCAGAUUGGUAUAAACGUUCCAGCUUCAGCUUCAUUCCCAUAUUCCUCUCUCAUGACCCUGAGGCCGAAUUUCUCGAGCGACCUCUCUGACGACGGGAAAACGUGGGUAGAGUUCUACACGAAGACGAAGAGAGUGAGACGACAAUGGGGAGACUUGCAGAUACAGAGUGAAGGAACUUCAUCUCAUGUUAUGGAUGCUUUCUGUUGAGAGUGAAGACGACGAGGCUUGUGGUUCAUAGAAGUAUCCGUUGUUGAAUCAGCUUGGUAAGAACUAGGGAAUCAAUGUAUAUACAUAUAAUGUAAAUUCAAUUUAAUCUUCCUUGGUCUAAAGCAUGGAACGGAGGGAGUAACCUAAAACAACAA